UGAAUUUAUGUAUACGUAUUAUUAUUAUGUAUAUAUAUGCAUGUAUGUACAGCUAUCAGUUCGUUGGAUUCUCUCUCUGUACUCAAUUAGCUGCGUACAGAACCGUGUUUCUUCCGCCACGUGUGGUUCCGUGCAUGGUUUCAUAACUGAUCAAUUGUUAAACCCUAUAAAGUGUCUCGCGCUGAUCCCUUCUUCUUCUUUAAGGUCUGAUUUGCAGAGGAAGGAAUUGUAUAAUGGAGCUUUUGGGGCUCUUCGUUACAGCAUCUAUGCCAGUCUUGAAAGUUCUAUUGCUUACCGGACUUGGUUCUUAUCUUGCUUUAGAUAGCGUUAAUAUUUUGGGGAAAGAUGCCAUCAAAUAUUUAAACACAAUUGUUUUUUAUGUAUUCAAUCCUGCGCUUGUGGGAUCCAGCCUCGCAAAUACCGUAACAUAUGAUAGCAUGAUCAAGUUGUGGUUUAUGCCUGUAAAUGUUCUCAUUACAUUUAUUAUUGGUUCAUUACUUGGAUGGAUUGUUAUUCACUUUACAAGACCACCUCAACACUUGCGAGGCCUCAUUUUGGGUUGUUGUGCUGCAGGAAAUUUGGGGAACUUGCCUCUCAUUAUAAUCCCAGCACUUUGUAAAGAAAAAGGAAGCCCCUUUGGAGACUCUGAUGUCUGUUAUUCUUAUGGGAUGGCUUAUGUUUCCCUUUCAAUGGCAAUUGGAGCCAUAUAUUUAUGGUCUUAUGUGUAUAACAUUGUUCGUGUAUCUUCAACAAGUAUAAAUGACAUCAAGUCUUCGAGGGAAUCAUUAGAAGAACCACUACUACUUCCUUCCCCUGAGGAUGUUGCAUUGCAGGUGGGGGACUCAGAAAGUUCAGGGAUAAAACAACUACGUUUGGUGAAACUGUUUAGAGAGUUAAAUCUCAAGGCAUUGUUGGCCCCUUCAACUAUUGGAGCGAUUAUUGGAUACAUAAUUGGAGUGGUUCCUCUAUUCCGAAAAUCAUUGAUAGGAAGUGGUGCUCCACUUAGAGUGAUCCAGGACUCUGCUGUUUUGUUGGGGGAUGGAGCCAUCCCAGCCCUGACACUUAUAAUUGGAGGAAAUCUUCUUAGAGGUCUAAGAGGAGAGGGAAUCCAGAAAUCUCUAGUUGUUGGCAUUGUAGUAGCUCGUUACAUAGCCCUGCCUUUGACAGGCAUACUAGUUGUUAAGGGGGCAGUUCACUUGGGUCUGGUGCAGCAAGAACCAUUGUACCAGUUUGUUCUUCUUCUACAAUUUGUAGUACCACCUGCUAUGAACAUAGGAACCAUGACACAGUUGUUUGGAGCUGGAGAGAAAGAAUGUUCUGUUAUCAUGUUUUGGACUUAUGCCUUAGCAUCAAUUUCACUUACUAUUUGGUGCACAUAUUUCAUGUGGCUUGUGACGACAAGUUGAGCAUUAUAAUAAUUUGGACGGUAUAAUAUUAUUGAGUCAGUCCAAGCCAAAGUCACUUUUGGACACUACACAAUUUAUUUUAUUGGCUUCUUGUUAUAAUUUAUAAACUCAGAUAGUGAAAGCAUAUUUUUAUGUUUAUGAUAGAAAA